AAAUAAUCUAAUUUUAGAACAUUGAUUUAACCCCGAGCCUGAGGAGGAACCCGGUUGCCUAGCGACCAGCGGAAGUGUAGCGGUAGUCAGGCGACCAGCUGACUCAUGAACAUGAACAGCCUUCAGAUGCCGCAGAGAAGAAGAGGAGCUCUGCAGACAAUACACAGAGACGUAGACCACGUCACACAACAGGUGGACAGGCUGCAGAAGGACGUGCAGAGUCAGGAUGCAUCCUGUGAGGAGGCCUGUCGGAGAUGUCAAGAACUGCAGAUGUGUGCAGAGAAGAUACAAAGGACACUGAUGAAACUGACCAAGGCGGAUGAGCUGGCUCCGGUGGGGAACUACGACCAGAGGAAGCAGGAAGAGGAGACACGACUGCAGAACAUCCUGGAGCGUUUGAACACCCUCUCUCUGGAGCUUUCACCACCAGGACCCAGCUCUGCUGCCGGAGAUGUUUCAAAGGAAGAUAACGAGGAGGACGAUGAAGACGAAGACAGCAGCGACGACAGUGAUGCUGAAGGCGAUGAAGAAGAUGAGAAGCAAACUGUGAAGCCUGACAUCUACACAGCGCUCAGUGACUUCAGAGGAGAACAGGAAGGAGAUCUGUCAGUUCAGAGAGGGGAGGUGUUGAGGAUCAUCAGGAGGACAGCAGAUGGAUGGUGGCUCGCUCAGGACGCAAAAGGCAACAGAGGAGUGGUUCCAAAAACCUACCUGAAGAUGGGCUCCGGUGUUGACGAUGAAGACGACGACGAUGAUGAUGAUGAUGAUGAUGAUGAUGAUGACGAGGACGAACAAGAUGGUGAAGAUCUGACUGAUGGCGGAGAGAAACAGAGUUCUGUACAUGCCAACUGGAGCACCGUGAGAAAAGCUCUGACCGAGAUUGAUGCUACAGAUGUGCUCUCUGCCAUGGGGGCUAUACCUUCAGGAUUCAGACCGUCAUCUCUCAAUAAACUGCUGGUGGAGGAAGGUAUGACGUACAGAGGGAGUCACUAUGUUCAGCCUGAGCUCAGCCAAUCACAGCUCUCCUUUAGCGACCUCUUCCUGGAUCCAGACACCGGCAGGGUUCGAGCUCGGCAGGUCAGGACUUGUGUUUGCUUCAGUUUGUGGAGCUGCAGGAUGAUUCCAACUCCCGGGGUCGGAGUUCACGUCCUCAGCCGACACGUCCGGCUCUGUGCCUUCGAUGGAACUCAGGUGUUGAGUAACAUCCACACAGUGAGAGCGACCUACAACUCCAAGAGCCCCAAAACCUGGAGCUUCUCUCCACGAAUGUCCGGAGUCCUACCGGCCCUCCUAGACGGAGACUGUUUCCUCCGCUGCAGCUCCACCUCUCCUGACCUCGGCAUCCUGUUUGAACUGGGAGUCUCCUUCAUACGCAAUUCCACAGGUGAGAGAGGAGACCUGAGCUGUGGCUGGGCUUUCCUCAAACUGACCGACGACUCUGGAAACCCUCUGCCCAACAGGACCUUUGAGCUGCAGGUGAGCGGGGGGACUCCCUAUGAGAAGGAUGUGAUGAUGGAGGCUUCAGUCACCAGAGGAACUCCAGCCGGUGUCUUCCAGCAGAUGCUUCAGGCCAGACGUCAGCCCAAACUGAUCGUGAAGUUGAAAUCAUGCAACAGCCGGACGAGGACGCAGCUCAGCCUCCUUCCCGACACUCUGCUUCACUGUCUGAGCUGCGUCCACCUGCUGGUUCUGCACAGACAGCUGCUGGCCGACUGUCUGCUGAUGGACCGGCCGACCAUGCAGAACGCAGAUCUGAUCUGCAGUCCUGUUCUCUCCACCUUCCCUGAGCUGUUGGACCAGCCGGACCUGCUGGAUGCUCUCAGGAGUGCCUGGCUGGACGCUGAGACCAACAUGAGCCGAGCACGGAGGAGAGACUUGUCUUUCCUGAAACAGGAGUUUAUCAAAGUCUACAUGUCGUCCGUUUACUUCCUGCUCCACUCGCCCUCGCUGCCCGGUCACCGCUGGGCCGACCCGCCCUCAGAGGAGCAGCGGUCCAGAGUCAUCUACGCCACGCUGGACGCCCUCAAACACACUCAGAACGCCACCGGACAGCCUGCAGGACCCGAGGUGUUACUGGACCCCACGCAUCAGCAUCUGGCCUUUGAUAUCACAGAGUUGACCUUUGACCUCCUCCGAGUGGCUCGGUAGAGAGGAAGCAUAGUAAGAGGUGCUUUAUCUUCAGGGUGAAUGUAUUUAAUGUAUAAUUAAGUUUGGUUUAUAAACAGAAUAAAAAACCUUAAAUGUGCCAUAAAUACAUUUUGGAACAUUUUUAAACGUGUGAAUCAUAAACUGUGUAUAAGAAGUGGACGUGGUCACGGUGACGUCACUCAUUGGUUUGUGGAGGUUUUGAAGCCUCAAGGUCGGUGAUUUCUCCGUUGCCAUGUUGUUGUUUUUAGCAACCAGUGAACAGGAAGUGACCAUAUCUGGACUGAGGAGGAGUGACGUAGAGACUCCGUAUACGUCUCUGGUGUGGACCUGUCAAUCAGUGUGUAGCCCCGCCCUAAAGCAUCCCCUGCUUUAUGGUCUGUUUGACUCUAAAUGGAGCAUCAUUUACUAAAUGAACAUCAUGCUGUAUUGAAGAAGACUUGAAACUAGAGAUUGAGACCAUAAACUCAUGUUUACAAUGUUUACUGAGGGAAUAAAUCAAGAGAGAAGUAGAGUCAUUUUCUCAUAGACUUCUAUACAACCAGAGGAGUUGCCCCCUGGUGGACAGGAGAGAGACUGCAGCUUUAAGACAUGAAGCUUUGACUUCACUUUACUGGUGUAAACUUAAAGCUUUAAUGCUGGUGAUGCUUUAUUUGUGUCAAAGUCAAUAAAUCCCAUUUUUCAAAACUUCCCAAACAGGAGUAUAUUUGUUGGGGACUAUUUUCAGCUGUGGAUUAAUACACAUGUUCUACGUUCACAUAUGCAACAGUGUGGAAUACAUGACAUCAUGUUCUGCUACAGGAGGAUCAGUUCAUUGUUGGUUUUUGGUAUUUUUGUUGGAAUUUGUUGCCUCUAAUAAUAGAACCAAAAAUGAGAUUA